GCAUCGUGAAAAAAAAAAGGAAGUCUGUUUUCUCUCUCAUAAUUUACAGUUCAACAAUGGAAUUUCUGCAGGACGCUGGGAUCCGCGUUUCUUGAUAGCAGAGACUAAUCCUGUUUCGUCGUCGCAUCCUCUCAUUCUUUUCGCGCCUAAUUCAUCGCAUUCCGAUUCCUUCCAUCCCCCUGUUUCUGCCUUCGCUGAUCUUCUUCUGUUUUUUUAAUUCAUGGAAAAUUAGAGGGCGUUGUCUCAGGAAGAGGUAGUUACUGGUGUUAGGAUUUGCAAAGCCCAAACAAAAACAAUGUCCUCUAGGUGUGAACAUCAAACUGUGCCGCUGUCCGUACUUCUGAAGCGAGAAUUGGCGAGUGAAAAGGUUGAGAAGCCGGAUAUUGUACAUGGACUGGCCAACCAGAGCAAGAAAGGAGAGGAUUUCACGCUGCUGAAAAACGAAUGCCAAAGAGCAAUGGGAGAUGGUGUCACCACAUUCUCUGUUUUUGGGAUAUUUGACGGACACAAUGGAUCUCAAGCUGCAAUUUACACCAAAGAGAAUCUCCUGAAUAAUGUCUUAAAUGCUAUUCCCUCAGAUCUUAACAGAGAUGAAUGGAUUGCUGCAUUGCCAAGAGCCUUGGUUGCUGCCUUUGUUAAAACAGAUAAAGAUUUUCAAGCAAAAGCACGAACAUCAGGAACAACUGUGACCUUUGUCAUAAUAGAAGGUUGGACAAUAACUGUCGCAUCUGUUGGUGAUUCCCGCUGUGUUCUUGAAUCUGCUGAAGGUGGAAUCUAUUACUUGUCAGCUGAUCAUAGGCUCGAAUGCAAUGAAGAAGAGAGAAACCGGGUUACUGCAAGUGGAGGUGAGGUUGGUCGACUAAACACUGGAGGUGGUGCAGAGAUUGGUCCAUUGAGAUGUUGGCCAGGAGGAUUGUGUCUUUCACGAUCAAUCGGAGAUAUGGAUGUUGGCGAGUUCAUUGUUCCUGUUCCUUAUGUGAAACAAGUGAAGUUGUCCGCAGCUGGAGGUAGGCUCAUAAUUUCAAGUGAUGGUGUUUGGGAUGCUUUAACUGCAGAAAUGGCUUUUGAUUGUUGUCAUGGAAUGGCACCAGAUGCUGCAGCUGCACAAAUUGUUAAAGAAGCUUUAAAGGCCAAGGGCCUUCGAGAUGAUACAACCUGCGUAGUUGUUGAUAUAUUGCCGCCAGAGAAGCCUGCAGCUCCUCUGCCACCACCAAAGAAGGCAGGUAAAGGAAUGUUCAAGUCCAUGUUUCGCAAGAAGUCUUCUGAAUCAUCUUCUCAACUUGACAAAGAAUAUAUUGAGCCAGAUGUAGUGGAAGAAUUAUUUGAGGAUGGGUCUGCUUGGCUUUCAGAAAGGUUAGAUACAAAAUACCCACUGUGCAACAUGUUUAAGCUGUUUACGUGUGCAGUCUGUCAAGUGGAGAUCAAACCUGGAGAGGGUAUUUCGAUACAUGCUGGCUCAUCUAAUUGUGGAAAACUUCGUCACUGGGAUGGCCCUUUUCUUUGUGCAAGUUGCCAAGAGAAGAAAGAGGCCAUGGAAGGGAAACGAUUGGGAGAUAGACGCUGUAGUGAAAGUGACUAGCAAGACCUCCCCGAUUAUAGUUGUGCUUUCUGGGACUAACAAUUGUUUUAGAGGCAAGUCAUAAAUGGGAAGACGUGGCUUUCGCAAGAUAUUAAUUUCCUUCAAUUUCUUAUUGGAGGGUUGGGAAUUUUGAUCUGUUAUGCCACUUAACUCCAAACCCAUGUGGAUGAUUUUGUGCUUGAAGUUGGAAGAGCAAAGUUGAAAUGCAUUCUAGUUUUAAUGUUUUCUGGCUUCAGGAGGAAGGGGAAAAUGUGCUUGCCUGAUGUAAGAAGUGAAAAUGAAAAUAAUAUAUGAUGAAGGCUUCCAUGGAUUGGCCAGGGGUGCAAAAUGGCAUGUCUCUGAGGUAAUUCAUUCUAUCUAGAUUCUUCCAAAAUUGUAUGCCACUUGCUCUAAUUUUUAGUUCUGACUCUAAACAGUAGUGGGUUUCAGUAUAAUGUUGUCAUGAUAUAGGGAGUUUGGCUAGUAUUCGUACAGAUUUGUUGGAGAAUAGGAAAACUUGCUUCAUUCUAUUACUGAGUGAAUUUGUUCAUGUAUCAUCAAUUUCAUUCUUCUUUUGACAAAUAGGAAGGUGAAUCUUUGGAAUAGAGAAAUUGUUAAAAG